AUGGAAACAGCUGAAAUCAAGCUCUCAGACGGAAAAUUUGAAGAGAACGAUUUGGAAAAUAACAGGAAAAAAUAUAGCAUAAGAAAGCAAGGUUCAUAUAUUGUGGUGACAUCCGAGAUUGGUCUGACAGUGAUAUGGGAUCGCAAAACAUUUUUUCUGAUCCAACUGGACCCAAAAUUCAACGGUAAAGUGUGUGGCCUGUGCGGAAAUUUUGAUGAAAAUAGAAACAACGACUUCACUGCCCAGAGUGGGAUGUUAGUGACCAGCUCAUUGGAAUUCGCAAACACCUGGAAAGUGGGUAGCGCGUGCCCAAAUGUGGAGGAAAACACUGAUGCAUGUAAAAAAGCACCCCAUCGAGAGUCUUGGGCGAAACUGAAAUGCAGCAUUAUAAUAGAUGAAUUCAAAGAAUGUCAUACGGAGGUAGAUCCCCAUCCAUUCUAUGACAACUGUGUUAAAGACACGUGUGCCUGUGAUUCUGGAGGAGACUGUGAGUGUUUCUGCUCAGCUGUUGCAGCUUAUGCCCAAGCUUGUAAUGAGGCUGAAGUAUAUGUUACAUGGAGAACUCCAGACAUCUGUCCUAUCUUCUGUGAUUUCUACAACAAUCCAAAUGAAUGCACAUGGCACUACUCCAGCUAUCCUCCAACGCACUACAGUCCCUGUUUGAACUGCAGCCAAACUGUCCUAAGACUUGAAGGUGAGAUAAUGUACAACAACGACUACAUCUACAACCACUACAUCUACAACCAUUUCAACAACAACUGA